AUGCCUUUUGGGCUUUGUAAUGCUUCAGCAGUUUUCCAGGAGUUUAUUAACGAUGUCCUCCGAGAUUUGUGGCAGUUAUGUGUGGUGGUUUAUCUCAACGAUAUCCGCAUAUUUUCCAAAUCUCUGGAUAGCCACCACACAGAUGUCUGUCAUGUGCUUCAGAAACUAAAAGAGAACAAUCUCUAUUGUAAAUUGGAGAAGUGUGAAUUCCAUCGUGAACAGGUUAAAUUUCUGGGUUAUGUAAUUUUUACUGCUGGUUUUUCGAUGGACCCAGAGAAACUUUCAGCAGUCCUACAGUGGCUUCGACCCAGUUGGUCUCCGGAGUCCAUUAAGGCAUUUGAGAGUCUCAAGGCUGCCUUUGUUUCUGCUCCUGUGUUUGUACAUCCUGAUCCUAUGUUGCCUUUUAUCCUUGAAAUUGAUGCUUCUGAGACUGGAGUUGGAGCCCUUCUGUCCCAACGACCUAGCUCUGAGAGCGCUAUGCAUCCGUGUGGCUACUUUUCCAAGAAGCUGCACCUGCGGAGUGCAAUUACGAGAUUGCUUGCCUUGAGAGUGCUCAAUUCUUCCAGAUCUGCAUACGCCUACGUCUUCUUUUCUUCCUUCUUUUUUCAAAACUAUCAAAGACCAUUUGUUCAUGAACAAGGUCAAGGCGAUGUUCCUUUAAAGCUGAAUUGCAAAUUUUCAUUAAAGUCUCUACUGCAUGUGUUUAGAUGUCUCAACAUAUUGGACAAGAAUGUGGAAAAAUGCCAAAUGUAUUUAAAUUUCAAUUCAUUUCAUAUGGUUUUCCGUUUUUUCUGCAAACACGGUCUUACUAAAACUCAUAACUUGGCCUAUGAAGAGUGCGAGUCACAACAAGUUGUGUUUUCCAAAACAUCAUGUCCUAAUGUGCUGAAAAUUCCAUCCAGGGUUUUAUCUGAUGUGAUAAUUCACUUUCCAUCUUGCCAAGAGGAGGUUACUCUGACUGCAACACCAAUAAAAAUUACAUUAAAGAGCUACAGUGAGGAAGAUAUAGGUAUUUCAAAAGUAAUGCAUACUGAAGUGCAUUUAAAUCCUGAAGAAUUUAUUAACUUCCAAAUUGGAAUGGAUUCUGAAGUAACAUUUUGCUUAAAGGAACUUAGGGGAUUCUUGUCCUUUGCAGAGGCAACCAGUGCUCUGAUUAUGGUUCACUUUAACAAGCCUGGAGAACCAAUUGUCUUCAGCUUAGAUGACAUAGUCUUUGAAGCAAAUUUUAUUCUGGCAACAUUAGCAGAAGUAAAUUAUAAUACUUCUCCAAAGUCACCUGCCAACUCCUCCAAGUCGUCCUCAAUAUUAAAAGAAUGUAGAGAAAGCUCUACUGUGGACAAGAACAAUGAACAAAGUGUCCAUGCAGGCCAUAAUAGGAGCCAGCAGCCACCUAUUACCUGCAGUUCUAAAUUACACACAGGUGGACUUCACUUACAAGAGAAGCAACGUCACGCAUCAUCUUAUCAAAAGUUUUGUACACUAUUCUUUGGAGCCAUUUCAUCAGAGAAGCAAGAUAACAUGUCUAAUCAGCUAUUAUACAGUCUGGCAACAUCUAGUGAAGAUGAGGAUGAAGUUUACAGAAAGGAGCUCUCUCAGAAGUUUUAAUGUCCGAAGGAUACGAAAAUAUUCAGAUGUUUUCUGUAAUGUAUAUUCUGUUGCCAAGUUUACAGUGUUAGAUUGUAUGACUGCAGUAUUGUUGUUUCCGUAGAAAUGGUAGUAUGUUGAAUAACCAUACUGGUAGGUACUAUCUUUAUUUUGCUCUUGCCCCAAAAGAUAAUUAAGUGGUUGCUACACUAGUCAGCAAAAGUUCAGUGUAUAUAUACAACUAAAAUUACUGCAUACAGUUGUGCUCAUAAGUUUACAUACCCUGGCAGAAUUUAUGA